AACACUGGCGCUGCAUGCUGUACUCAGUUUAUAUUGGCUGAUCGACAUUUUUACGGUUCUAAUAUCCAUCGCGUCUAGCAAUGUUUCGUAAAGGAAGUAACGAUGAUAUUGUCGGAUUCAUUGUUUUAGUGAUUGCUAUUUUGGUUGUGCUGGCUAACGUUCUAGUAUGUGGACUAGUGAUCAGUGUCAAGCGGCUUCGUACCCAUGUUAAUGGUUUUGUGGUUUCUCUUGCUAUUUCAGAUACUCUGACAGCUAUAUUGACACUUGCCAAUUUCUACUUUCACGAUAAGCACAAAACUGAAGAGUUGAAAGGAUUUAUUCGAUUUGCCAUAACUUUCACUACAAUGUCUGAAAUCUUAAACCUUUGUGGUGUAGCCUACGAGCGAUAUCUGGCAGUCGUUAAACCUUUUCAGUACAAAACAAAAAUCCAUAAAAUGUUUGCUGGCAUAAUCAUCGCAGUUUGGUCGACGUCCUUUUGCGCUAGUUUGCUUAACUUUCUUCGUCUUACAAAGGUUASGAAGUCGAUUCUCCGUUUGAUAAAGCGKUUUUUUGUCUUUUUGUUUAUUUUAGUCCCUUUUGCAUACAUGGCAGUAACUUAUUUACUGAUCUUUUUGGGAAUCAAAAAGCAAAAACGACGAAUACAGGAACUUCAAGAAGCACAACGAAGACCGAUAACACUUCGACAAAAAAAAGAAACAAAAAUAGUCAAGAUGUUUCUAUUAGUUGCUGUGUUAUAUAUUCUGAGUUGGAUUCCAGCUAUUCUCUAUGAAACGGUUCGUGAAAUACGGAAGUUCUUUCUCCCAGGAUUUCAUACGAGUUUAGCCAUUCAAAUAUUCAUAGCUAGUGCAGUAUUAACUUCUCUUAUAAAUCCAUUCAUCUAUUCAUUUACGAAACAAGAUUUUAGAACAGAAAUCAAUAAAAUAUUUAGAAAGUUUAGUCGGGGUAAAAAUAUACCAGAAACAGGUGGAGGCAAUCCAAAAAUAAAAUUCCACUUACGGAAAUCGGAAACGCAGCUGGAGUCGCAAGAAAACAACGAGAUGAAAACAAMAGGCAGAAGCGAGGUCGCACUACUGGAAGUGCAAGAAAGUAAAUAAGCAAAUAUGCGGGGAGCCAGUUGUGCAUGAACAAAUAAAGGGGAAAAAGUUCGAUGAAAACGAAAUUGUGAGAUAUCUGAAAAAAUUAACAUGCUUUGGAUGGACUUUGAAGGACAACAAGAAUAUCAUUGAAACGCUAGACUGAGAUACUGUCUUUCGGUCUUUCAAUUACUCGAUUAGACCGAAAGGUAUUAUGGGUAAAAGUGAGGCGACUCAGUAUCAUAUAGAGCCAAUGAAUCACUGAGAAAAGAUUGUAUAAGGCAUUGUUACAGUAUUUAAGUCUUAAUUAACAAGCAUCACUAGGAAUGAAUUUUAAGAAAUUGAAAUCGUAAUAAAGUCUUAGAACUAUGGGAUUACAAGAACGGCAGCGCAAGAAAGGUGCGCCAUGACCACUAGGCCGUGCUGCCUAGGGCAUCACUAAUUGAUGUAAGCAUAAGUCAUUAUAUAGUUUAAUAAAGGCCCAAGAGUUCAU